CCCUUUUAACUGAAGUAUCUUUACUUGGAAAAAAAUGAAAGUAAUCCUUGUUUGGACUAUUUUAAAUGCUUACAUAAUAGUUUCAAAAUAACGAUCUGGAGUUUAAUUUGAACAAAUACUGAAUUGGAUAAAAAAUCUUUAACGCAUCAAUUAAAAGAUUAGUAUAUAUUCGAUUAGAAUUGCGGGAUGUAUUGAAUUCAAUAGUGUGCGCAUUAAAUGAAAUAUAUGGUAUAUUUAAACUUCUACUUGGUUCAUUAAAAGCCACCUUUAUUUAAAAGAAGAAUAUGAAAGUUUAAUUUAAGCAUAUGACAUAUACGUAGCACUGAUAAUUAAGUAUAUCAUAUUUUGAUGAGUUGCGAGUUUACCGACACGUAAAAGCGUUACAACUUGCGUCUUGCAGUCCAGCGUUUUUAGUUUAGCAUUCAAUGGUUUUAAUUUGUAAUCGCAUCUUCCCUUUGCUAUUAACAAAUUGUGUUCGGGUUUUUGUGUAUGCAGUUAGUAAUUUAUCAUCGAUUAUUUAAUGAUGGAAAAUACCGCAACCGCAACGGCUCCAUCCACUGUACAAGAUUUGAUGGCGUCUUGGGGUUGUACGGCGGAGACCAUCGAUGUGUUUAAAAGAAAUGAUAUUGGGAUAGAGUUGCUAAAGCAUCUCAAUGACAAAGAGCUUCGCGAACUGUUGCCUAAUUCACUUGGCAUGCGUAAGUUGAUAUCAUUGCGAAUUAGGGAAUUGCAACAACAGGACGACUGCAAUGCUUCCGAUUCAACAAUUAGAGAAACCGAAUCUCCCGCUUCGACAAUUACUAUUUACAGCGACGAUCCUAGUGGAAUUGAAGGGGCGACUACACCAAAUAUCCAUAACACAACGGCAACAGAAGUCUCCCAAGACAUACAAUUUGAAUUUAUUGAUUUUAAUGUAGCGAAUAUUAUCACACCACAAUUAAGUUUUCCUGAUUUUGAUCUUCGGACUCUACUGCAAACUACUCCAAUGGGAAGUAGUAUAUUGAAAUACUAUCAGCAGCACAAUAUUUUGGACCACACGCGUCGUACAAGGCUUGUGGACAUAAUUAUUAAACAUAUGUACAGUUACAUCAUAAAAAACCGUAUGAAACACGAAGAGUACAAUCAAGUAGCUGCUAAAAUUAUUAGUUUGUUUCCUCGAGAAUGUUUAGGAACUUACUAUGUUCCACCAAUAAGGAAAUCAGAAUCCAUUAUAGGAAAAUCAGUUUUGGCAAGGGGAAAAUUGGUGGAUAAGGUUCGUAAUUUGAUUCAUAAGUGCGAAGAAGCGAAUCCCAAAAGAAAAAGAAGAUCGAAAGAGUCAAACGACAGCACAGAUGAAAUACUUGAGAAGAGGGGACGAGUUAACAAUGAUGAUAUGACAUGGCUAAAGGUGAACAGUGAACCAUGGGCGGAGGUAAUGGAAAAAUGGAACAAUACAUACGAUCUAAGACGUUGUGACAAAGAUUGUCCUACCGUACAGGAAUAUUUAGAAAGAUGGCCCAUUUUAAGAGACCUAAGAAGUGAUGUGUUGAUUAAUCAAGAUUUUCGAAAGUUGUUCCCAGAGAAGGAACUGAAACUUUAUACAAAGUGGGAAUCAUUUUUUGAAGUGGUCGCGAACUUAAAGUUAAAUUGCCUAAAAGAUUCCGUGGCUUUGCAACUGCACGAAUCUGUCCCGCAAACUGAAAACGAAGAUGCUAAAUUUCUGAAGCAAUUGACGCUUCUGCCGUAUUUUCUCCCACCAAAGGGAAGGAUUAUUACCCAAAAGGCGAUAAAUAAACAUUGGAAGUUUUCAACGUUAGAAACUCUUCACGCCAUCGUUGUCACGGCAAAGGUUGCAGGUGACAUAGAACCGGUUAUCUCUCAACAAGUUCAUAAUGCCCAAGCAAGAGGUCAAAGAGUACAGCCGUACCUCCUAGUCGAAGGGACUGCAGAGGAUCCCAAAAGGUUUUAUGUAGUAAUAGACGGUAGGGUGCACCUAUCUUGUGAGAGUGCGAAACGAUCUUUCGACCUACUGUUCAAAAUUUUCCAUGUGAUUAACGCCAACUACCCCAUUCAGGCGGAGUACAUAUACACAUUGCUGCAAAAAUGUGUCUAUGAAAUUAAUUUACCAUCCGACAAAAUUCCACCUUAUGUUUCUGAUAUUUUAUCGAAUUUCAAGUAAGUUAUAAUUUACAAUGAAGU